AUGCCCGAAAUGAGUCUUAUUAAACAGCCGCCGAGGCUUGCCAAAUACCCUUUUCUAUCUCUUGGAGCUACUGGAUUAGUAUAUAAAAUUGACGAGGAGAUCGUUCUGAAGAUACCCCGAGAAACUAGGAGUGAUACAUUCUUACGGGAGAUUAAGAUAUUUGACCUCUUCAAGAAAUUUAGUCUAUGCCCUAUGGUUGUCUAG